AUAUCUGACGUGAACGUGAGUAUAAUUGGUUGGGGAAUGGAGAGAGAGUGAGGCGAAGACUUUUUACGCGUUGGGUUGGGUAAGGGACUAAGGGUAGUGUAGUUUGUUUCCGUUGUGGGUUUUGGAAAAAAUGAGCGAGAAUUUGAUGGAGAAAGUGAGUGCCCUGGGGGAGCGUCUGAAGAUUGGAGGGUCGGAAGUGGGGCGAAAGAUGAGUGAGGGGAUGAGUUCGAUGAGCUUCAAGGUGCGGGAGUUCUUCCAGGGGCCCAACCAGGCCGACAAGCUGGUGGAGGACGCCACCUCGGAGGCCCUAGACGAGCCCGAUUGGGCCCUCAAUCUGGAUCUGUGCGACCUCAUCAACACGGACAAGCUCAACAGCGUCGAACUCAUCCGCGGAAUCAAGAAGCGCAUCAUGACCAAGAGCCCUAGGGUUCAGUACCUGGCGCUCCUCCUCCUCGAGACCUGCGUCAAGAACUGCGAGAAGGCCUUCUCCGAGGUCGCCGCCGAGCGAGUCCUCGACGAGAUCGUUAGACUCAUCGACGAUCCCCACACUGUCGUCAAUAACCGCAACAAGGCCUUGAUGAUGAUCGAGGCCUGGGGUGAAUCCACCGGCGAGUUGCGCUAUCUCCCUGUUUAUGAGGAAACUUACAAGAGUCUGAAAUCGAGGGGUAUUCGGUUUCCUGGUCGUGACAAUGAGAGCUUGGCUCCCAUUUUUACUCCGCCUCGUUCCGUCUCUGCUCAGGAGGUUGAUGUCAAUCUUCAACACCAGUUUCAGCAUGAUAUUCCUGAGCAGAGUUUUACGCCUGAACAGACAAAGGAAGCCUUUGAUGUUGCAAGGAAUAGCAUUGAGCUUCUUUCCACUGUGUUGUCAUCUUCACCGCAACAAGAUGCUUUACAGGAUGAUUUGACCACCACACUUGUACAGCAGUGUCGUCGGUCACAAACCACUGUCCAGCGAAUUGUUGAAACUGCUGGUGAUAAUGAAGCACUGCUUUUCGAGGCCUUGAAUGUUAACGAUGAGAUUCAGAAGGUUCUCACCAAGUACGAAGAGUUGAAGCAGCCUGCAUCUGCUCCACUUCAACCUGAACCAGCUAUGAUACCUGUUGCUGUUGAGCCAGAUGAGUCACCCCGCCAUACUAAAGAAGAUGCUUUGAUUAGAAAGCCAGCUGGAUCAAGACCUGGUGCCCAUGGAGGGAGCAACGACGACAUGAUGGAUGAUCUUGAUGAGAUGAUUUUUGGAAGAAAAAGCGGGGAUGCAUCGGAUGGGGGACAUGAUACAAAGAAGCAGCAAUCUUCGAAAGAUGAUCUCAUCUCUUUCUAAGUUGCAAUACCAAUCUAUGCUGAAUAUAGAACAGAGUGCCUUUAAUGUCAUGCUACUUUUAUAUCUAGAUGUUGAUUGUGAUGAACUUUGUUCAGAAUUCAGAUUGUUCGUUCCUCCUUCCAUUAUUUUUUUUUGCACACUGUGUGCAACUUAUGUUUGAAUUAUGGUAUAUAAGUUCUUGACAGGGUAUAGAUGGGAAACUUUCUGGAGUAGUUCAAUGAGGUUUCAUUCGGUCUUUGUGAUCUGUUAGUUGGAUGACUGCUUGUUGUUAUUGAUGUAUGGUAAUGCCAAACUAUUACUCAAGUGAGAAAAGCAUGGGAUAAGUUUAAGGUUCA